GGAUUAUUGCAUCAAGGUGUCUUGAUUGACUACAUAGUCCUUGAUAACCAUGGAGAAUAUGGGCGUGGACCUCGAGAUCGAUGAGAGCAAGUUGUGGGACCCGGCCGAGCGUCAGGCCUACAUGGACGCAUUGCCGGACAUGACGCUCUUCGAGGACCACGUGGUGGAAGGUGACGAGAUGGUGGCGGCCAUCCAGGCUCUAAUUGAGGACGGCGAGACGGCCGAGAGCCUGGCGCUGCACUGGAAGAACCAGGGCAAUGAUAUGUUCUCGGAUGCCAAGAAGGCCCAUAGAGGCUACUUCAAGAACGCUAUGAAGUACUAUAACGACGCGCUGGCCUAUGCCUACAAGGCGCUGGCGCUGCCCAAGGAAGAGCGCGAUCUUUCGUACGACAUGAAGGAGCUCACGUCACAGAUUCUGUGCAACCGCGCGGCCGUGCAAUUGGAGCUCAAGAACUACGCCAGCUGCCGUUCUGACGCUGCUAAGGCUAUUAACUUCGACCCCAGCAAUGUCAAAGCGUACUACCGUGGCGCUAAGGCAUCUAGGAUGCUGCGUAAGCCUGCGGAUACACUGCGUUACUGCGAGGAAGGACUUCAGCGUGACCCGGAGAAUAAGCUUCUGUUGAAGCUGCAAGUGGAGGGACGCAGACUUGUGGAGGAGCUGCGUGUUGAGAAGCUGAAGCGCGAGAGGGAACGCAUGAAGCGCCGUGCGGCCACGGACAAGUACCGUAAACUGUGUGCAUCUCGCGGCGUGCGUGUGGGUCGCGCUCUAGUAGAUGAUGAGCGUGUGCGUCAGUACGAAGGCAAGGCCGACUUGGACCCCGAGAGCGGCAACAUGUACUGGCCCGUGCUCUUCCUGUACGACCAACACGGUACAUCGGACUUUGUGCAGUUUUUCGGUGAGCAGGACACGAUGAUCGAACACCUCGCCAAUAUGUUCCCGGAGGACGGUCCGUACGCCGAUUGGGACACCAAUAACGAGUUCGUGGCCUCCAAACUGGUAGUAUAUGCAGCAGUGGACAUGGUGCUGCCAUACUCGUCGCCUAAGGAGUGGCAUGUGGGUCUCAGCGGCGAGAAGGAGGAGGACGACGAGGAGGUCAAGCGCAUUAGACUCGAGGAGAAGCACGAGGCCAAGACGCAGUUCUGGAUCGAGGUGGCGCCCUUCUGCACGCUGAAGCAACUGCUGACACAUGAUAAGUAUGUGGUUCCUGGUAUCCCCGUGCUCAACAUCUUCGUGCGUGGCUCAGAGGCGCUCGGCAACUUCCUCACGCGCAUCGAGCGCAAGGUUAUCACGCUGGACGCAGAGCAACGGUAAACGAUCUAAUGUAGCCAUGUUGGUUGCGAGCUGAUUGGCUAAAUAUAUUUCCAUAUUCAUACUAUGA